UGGAGCGGAGGCGGUCCGGGCGCUCGCUGGCUGAGAGACGGCAGCCACCGCCAUGAUGCUUGUUUGCUGUCAAUGAAAGCGAGGGGGGCGCGGAGGAGGAGGCGUCGGCGUCGGUGGCGGCGGCGUCGGCGGCGCGGAGGCGAAGGGGGCGGCGGGCGCAGCGAGGAGGGCGAGGCCGGGGGCCCAGAGGGCGCGAGGGCGUAGUGGCCGCCCGUAGGGGCGGCUGAGGCGGGCGGCUGAAGUAGGGGGAACAAAGAGCGGCAGCUAAGGCGGUAGAGGAGCGGCGGCGACGGCGCUGCAGCAACGGGCGGGACUGGUAUGGUGGUUCCACAGGUCAGACCGCGCUGCACUCACAGGGAGGAGGCGGCGGCAGCGGCAGAGGAAGGCGGCGCACCCCGAGAGGCUGGGGUGCCCUGGUGUGAUAUUGGCUGACUGCAACCUCUACCUCCUGAGUUCAAGCAGUUCUCCAGCCUCAGCCUCCUGAAUAACUGGUAUUACAGGCAUGCCCAAAGAAAAAUACGAGCCCCCUGACCCUCGGAGGAUGUAUACAAUUAUGUCUACUGAGGAAGCAGCAAAUGGAAAGAAAUCCCACUGGGCAGAGCUUGAAAUAAGUGGAAAAGUAAGAAGCUUAAGUGCAUCUUUGUGGUCACUAACUCAUCUGACAGCUUUGCAUUUGAGUGACAAUUCCCUGUCCCGAAUUCCUUCAGACAUUGCCAAGCUUCACAAUCUGGCGUAUUUGGACCUGUCAUCUAAUAAAAUCCGUAGCUUACCCGCAGAACUCGGAAACAUGGUAUCACUCAGGGAGCUCCAUUUAAAUAACAACCUGUUACGAGUUCUACCUUUUGAGCUGGGAAAACUGUUUCAGUUGCAGACUUUAGGCCUGAAAGGAAAUCCCCUUACCCAGGAUAUAUUGAACCUUUAUCAGGAACCAGAUGGAACAAGACGGCUGCUGAACUAUUUGCUUGAUAAUUUGUCAGGUACUGCAAAAAGAAUUUCAACAGAACAACCACCUCCAAGGUCUUGGAUUAUGUUACAAGAACCAGAUAGAACAAGGCCAACUGCCUUGUUUUCUGUCAUGUGCUAUAAUGUUCUUUGUGAUAAAUAUGCGACCCGGCAGUUAUAUGGCUACUGUCCAUCAUGGGCACUAAACUGGGACUACAGGAAAAAGGCCAUUAUUCAAGAAAUCUUGAGCUGCAAUGCUGAUAUCGUAAGUCUUCAGGAGGUUGAAACGGAACAGUAUUACAGUUUUUUUCUGGUAGAACUGAAAGAACGUGGCUAUAAUGGAUUCUUUAGUCCUAAGUCUAGAGCUAGGACAAUGUCAGAACAAGAGAGGAAACAUGUUGAUGGCUGUGCAAUAUUCUUCAAGACAGAAAAAUUUACUUUGGUUCAGAAACACACUGUUGAAUUUAAUCAGCUAGCCAUGGCAAAUUCUGAAGGGUCUGAAGCUAUGCUGAACAGAGUCAUGACAAAAGAUAACAUUGGAGUUGCAGUACUGCUAGAACUUCGAAAGGAAUUGAUUGAAAUGUCAUCUGGAAAGCCACAUCUUGGAACAGAAAAACAACUUAUUCUUGUGGCUAAUGCUCACAUGCAUUGGGACCCUGAAUACUCUGAUGUGAAGUUGGUGCAGACUAUGAUGUUCCUCUCGGAAGUGAAGAACAUUAUUGAUAAAGCCUCUCGUAACCUCAAAUCCAGUGUAUUGGGAGAAUUUGGAACUAUUCCACUUGUGUUAUGUGCAGAUCUUAAUUCUUUGCCAGAUUCUGGUGUUGUAGAAUAUUUGAGCACGGGUGGAGUAGAAACAAAUCACAAAGACUUUAAGGAGCUGAGGUAUAAUGAAAGUCUCACAAACUUCAGCUGUCAUGGGAAGAAUGGAACCACCAAUGGAAGGAUCACUCAUGGUUUCAAGUUAAAGAGUGCCUACGAGAGUGGUCUGAUGCCUUACACGAAUUACACAUUUGAUUUCAAGGGUAUAAUCGACUACAUUUUCUAUUCUCAACCUCAGCUGAACACCUUAGGCAUUCUGGGCCCUCUGGACCACCACUGGCUGGUUGAGAAUAACAUCAGUGGCUGCCCACACCCCCUCAUCCCCUCUGACCACUUCUCACUUUUUGCACAACUGGAGCUCUUACUGCCGUUCCUGCCCCAAGUCAAUGGCAUCCACCUUCCUGGCAGGAGGUAGUCAAGCACCUUCGGAGGACAGCCUCGAUUCACUUGUAAACUUGGGAAAAUCUGAACAUAGGGGAGUGAGGUAUGGCCACUGAGGGUUUUUGUUUGCUUAAGAAUGAUUUGAAUUUUCAAUCUGAUUAUUUGAUAAGGAUAUAGUAUGAAAGCCAGGUGCUAGCAACAGACAAAUUCUGAGCCCAAUAUGCUUUAUACUGCUAGACAGGGAUUGGUGUGUUUGCACCUAUCUUUAAUUUGUUAUAAGAAAUUUUCCUAUUUCCUCUAUCCAAUAUAAUAUUUUCAUGCCUUGAAAUAGGAAAAUGUUUGAAGAGCAUAUUCUCUUUGCACAGAAAUCUGUAGCACUACUUUUUUGAGGCCAGUAGUAACAUCCAGAGACCAUUCUUCCAUACUUUACUCCCUCCUUUUUCAGACUUGUUUGUAAAAUAUAGAAUUUGAAUUUAGCCUUUAUGAUUGUAUAUGAUCCACAGAAGACCUGAUUUAUGAAAUUUUGUACUAAAAAAAAAAUCAUUUGGAAAUGAUUGUAUUGUAAACUAAGGCUAAAUUUUUUUUUAAACCUGUUUCAUGUGUUAUAAAGGCCAGCUUGUAAAAGAAGCUGCAACAGACUUUCUCUGCUCAUGAUUUGCACUCUUAGGGUUUUGUUAGCCCUUUUGUACUACUUUAUUUUUAAAUUGAGAACAUGGUUCUUUAAAUAUAAAUCUGCUUAAACCUUAGGAUGUUUUCAGACCCGAGGCAACUUAUUCAUGAAUUUUUACGAAAACAUCUACCAGGACAGAUAAGCUGAACAGUGAUGAUCUGUAGGCAUUUAUGGACUGAAUGUAAUGGUUGAUAUAUGUACAUUCUGAUAUUUUUAAGUCUUUAACUUUUUUAAGUUAAAAAACUACAGCUGCUUAGGUACAGCUUAACUCCUUUUUGAGAUACUUCCUGUCCUAUCUCCACUGUGCCUGCCUAAAUUUGUUCUCACCAAGCACUGCCUGUGCAUGCAGAGAAAAUCUGUGCAUCCUCUUUUAUAUUUUUAAAAUACUGUUUAACAUUUGUGAGAAUUUUAUGAAAAUGCUUUUGUAUGAGCUGUGGCUUUUUUUCCAUUAUGAAGCAUCAAAUAUCACAUUUUGGAACAUGUUUAUAGGGUGGGUCCCUGGAUCUUUGCUCACCAGAUCCAAGCACUGCUUCUUGGUGUCAUUGCAGUGUACUGCUUGUCACCCAGAGUACUACUAUCAUGUGAAUUCUUUUUGUUGUCCGUGUAUUCCUUAGUCUUUUUUUUUUAAUCAUUCCUUAUUUAAGAAGAAGUAAUUUUCCAUUUAUGAAGCAGUAUAAAUUAGAUGCAUUUUCAAAACAGGUCCCUAAGACAAUUGUUCAGAUCAUUUUUAAAAUGACUAAGUCAUUUUAGUAUGUCGACCAAGAUAAAAGUUACAUCACACCCUCUAUUUUGCCCGUAGUGCUAUUAGUAGAAUAGAAAUGAAAACCAGCUUUAACUUUGCAAAGUGAACGUGUACUACAUGGUCUGUUCUCAUUUAUUCAUUAUUCUGUUAAAAGUCAAAUGAAUUGAGAGGGAGCUUGGUCAAACUGCUUUUGUUUCAAUUGCAGGCAGGGGAGCAAAAGGACACCACGUGAGCAUUAGGAAAAGAAAUGUUGACUGUUAUUAACAAUUUUUAUACAGAGAGUGAGUCAUUUUGGAUAAUGACGUAAAAUUUUAUGAAAAAUGUUCAGCACUUAAAUGUGCUUAUUCUGUUUUUAAGAGAAAAUAAAAUUACAUACUGUUUAAAUAAAUGAUUCUUUUUUUUUUUUUUUUUUCCUUUUAGAAAAUUCUCCAAAGGGUUUUGAUCUUGAAUCUUUGUCUUGGACCUGUUUUUUCCUUUGAGGGUUUUUGUUGUUUUUUUUAAGAUUUCAUUGUGAUGUUUUGGUUUUGUUUUUUUGCUUUUUGUUUAAGUUGUGCUGACACCAAACACAUCCAGUUUAUAAUCAGUACAUUGGAAAGCUGGGAUUGAUGUAGAACCAGUACAUAACUUUUUAUGGAGUUUUUGUCAUUGGUUUUUUUUUUUUUUUUUGGUGAAGUGUGAAUAAAAGGUAUGUUUACUCAUUUUUCCUAAACACUGUGUUGGUAAUAUGCAUUAUGACAAUUUCCAGUGAAGGUGAGCUGGAGCUAGUUGGACUAAUGAGACUGAGGAAGCAGUCUUUCCUACUAUCUGCAUUAUGUAAUCACAGGUCCAGAGAGCUUUAUGGAAGGGGAAGGGGAGGAGCACUUACUUAUUUUGUAUUUGUUCAUGGAGGACGUAAUCUUUUCGUAGAUGCUGGAACUAGAGUGCACUUGUUAGAUGCUAAAGGUUUGAGCUUUACACAAAAUGUAUUCAUCUGUAUUUGUUAUUGUCUAUAAUAUAUUUGAAUUGGGGGCAGCAUAUUAAGAUAUAAUGGCCUGUUAUGUCUUGAAAAUACUUGUUUUGCCUCUUCCAGGCAUACUGCAUUAUGUGGAUCAGUUUGAACAGCUUCUCCAUCUUAAUUUGGAGACUGAUAAAUUGAACCAAGAGUGUAGAUUUACAAUUUAACCUUCAAAAGAGGAAGAAAUAUUUGGGGUCUAUAGGGAAUAAACAGUCACACCAAAAUAGACUAUGAUGCUUUUGUUAAGCAAGGUUUCAUGUUUUAGGUAUUUUCUGUGUCUUAAAUAAUUUCCGAUAAUCUAUACUUUAUAAAAUGCAAUAAAAACUAGUAUGUUUUCACAGUGUAGAUUCUUUUUCAAAAAUUCUGUAACAAAUAUAUUUAAUGUGUUGCCAUAAUGUAAUUUCAGUGUUUUUGCUGGAUAAACCCAUUUUAGAAAUGUUUUACAAAAAGUUUGAGGCAUGUUUUCUGUUUUAAAGAUCAGGUUUUUGGAGGCACUCAAGUCCUUGUUGCAAAUCUCUUGAAGUACAGCUUUACCAUAUUAGUGGUAAUUAUUUAUACCUUGAGAAUUUAAAUAUUGUUUGUCAAGUUAAUUUAUGGCAUAAUUUAAGCUAAAGUUGUAUAAAUGAAUUGUUGAGUGCAACUUUAAUAGUCCCAAAGAUAGGCAAAGAACAUCUCCAAAAAUGUGUGUGUGUUUUUUUCUUUUGAUUUAGUGACAACCAGGAAAACUUACUUGGGGUUAUUAGCACUUUCAAACUUAAGGACAUUAUUAAUUUGGAUGGAAUGCACUUCUAAAUGUUUAAAUUAAAAUUUCAAAGCUCUUCUGAGAUUCAGGUUCUCAAUAAUAACAUUGAAGUUUUAGAGUUUCACUCUGUACAAUUUAAAUUUAUGGAACUAGUUUCCAUAGUGACUUCUUAGGUUUUGAGCUCAUAUAAGGACAGAAGUCAACCUAGGCAAAACAGUUAACAAAUGUUGCAGAUAAUUCCAAGAACACCUUUAGCAGAUGUUUCUUCACUAUUCAUAAACAGUAUUUUAAGAUGUUCACUUUGCUUUUCUUUUUGGUUACAUACUUUUUAAUAGCUGGUAUGUUGAAGUAGUGUCUAAAAGUAUCAGUCUUUAUUCACAGUACAUUAUAUUGUGUAAUGCACUGGACUAACUCUUGUUUACCAUUCAUGUAACAAAACCCAGCACAUUAUCUGCACUAUAAGCUCAAAGAAUGUCACAUUUGCCCAGGCAGCUCUUUGAUAAGGGUGAUGGGAAACUGAAUAUAUAUCAUAUGGACUGGUGGUAACAAGGGCUUUUACUGUUAUUUUCAGUGGAACCUUCUCGGUCAAAUUGUAACUAGCUAGUAUUAUAUUUAUAUACAGGGUCUUUUUUCUUUACCGAUGUAUUUUCCUACUCAUAGCCAACCAAUAAAUUCAGUAUCUGUUUCAAAUA